AUGGAGGAGGUUAGAAGACGUGGCCCAAGUAAGCGUGAUAGAAUUAAAUCUCACCUGGAUUCUGAGAGAUGCUUGAAGCUGAAUAUUGCAGUACCAAGAAGGAAAAUUAAAAGGGUGCGGGUAACCUUCUGGCUGCCUCCGAUGGAUAGUUGGUGGAAGCUAAAUUGUGAUGGCUCGUCCUUGGGUAAUCAAGGGAAUGCAGGAGUAGGUGGCCUUAUAAGAGACAACAAGUGCCAGAUUGUAUCGAUUUACAACUCCUUUUUAGGAAUUGCUUCGAAUUUUCAAGCUGAAUUUCAGGCUUUGAUUGAAGGAAUUGAGAGAGCAAGAGAGAUGAAUUGUGCAUCUCUGUGGAUCGAAUGUGAUUUGGGCACUAUGGUGCUCAUGGUUCAAAGGGGUCUGGUCCCGUGGUUUGUUUGGCAAAGGUGGUCUUCCCUUAUUUCUUAUCUCAGGGGUAUAAGAUGGAAAAUCACUAAGGCAAAUCCUGUAGCAGAUUUCCUGGCACAGAUGGCAGCUAAGAAGGAAGCGUCUUCAUCAGUUGUGGCAUGGCCUCCUGGGGUGCUUGAGUUUUUGGCUGAGGAUGCGAUGGGCAGAUCGCGCUUCUGA